GCCUUGUCUAAUUGCAUGCCUGUGCUGGGGAGAAGAGCUUUCCAAGAGAAUUUCUGGAAUUACCAUGAGCCACUGUGAGCCUCAUGUGACAAGGAAUAACAACUGUCCCAUCACAGCCGCCAGAAAUGACAGCCAGGACUACCUGCUUAUGGAGGCGGAGGAUGGGGCUGACAAGUCUUCUCGUCACUAUGGCUAUUAUCACAUGCGGGCCACAGAUAAUACAUUAUCUCAUAGACGGCAAACAUUACUGCGAGAAAAGGGGAGAAGACAGGCCAACAGAGGACCAGCUUACAUGUUUAGUGACCGCUCCACCAGUCUUACAGCAGAGGAAGAGCGUUUUUUGGACGCGGCAGAAUAUGGUAACAUUCCUGUAGUUAGGAAAAUGAUGGAAGAGUGUCACACUUUAAAUGUCAAUUGUGUGGACUACAUGGGUCAAAAUGCUUUGCAAUUAGCCGUUGCCAACGAGCACUUGGAGAUUACAGAACUUUUACUUAAGAAGGAGAACUUGGCACGGGUGGGGGAUGCCUUGCUUCUAGCCAUUAGCAAAGGAUACGUGCGGAUAGUAGAAGCAAUACUGGGACACCCUUCAUUUGCUGAAGGGAAACGGCUUACCACCAGUCCAAGUCAAGCUGAAUUCCAACAUGAUGACUUCUACGCCUACGACGAAGAUGGAACAAGGUUUUCUCAAGACAUCACUCCCAUCAUUUUGGCCGCUCACUGCCAGGAGUACGAGAUUGUUCAUACACUUCUAAGGAAAGGAGCCAGGAUUGAGAGGCCUCAUGACUAUUUUUGUAAAUGCAAUGAAUGUAGUGAAAAACAGAAACAUGACUCUUUUAGCCAUUCCAGGUCCAGGAUUAACGCAUAUAAAGGUCUUGCGAGUCCGGCAUAUCUGUCCUUGUCUAGUGAAGAUCCAGUUAUGACGGCUUUAGAGCUCAGCAAUGAGUUGGCUGUAUUAGCAAAUAUAGAAAAAGAAUUCAAGAAUGACUACAAAAAAUUGUCUAUGCAAUGCAAGGACUUUGUUGUUGGACUUCUUGAUUUGUGCAGAAACACAGAGGAGGUGGAAGCGAUAUUAAAUGGUGAUGUAGACAUGAACCACAGCUCUGAAGAAGCCAACAGCCGGCCGAGCCUCUGCCGAUUAAAGCUCGCUAUUAAGUAUGAAGUCAAAAAGUUUGUGGCUCAUCCCAAUUGUCAGCAGCAACUUCUUUCCAUCUGGUAUGAAAAUCUAUCCGGUUUGCGUCAGCAGACCACAGCAGUGAAAUUUCUGGUUGUUCUGGCUGUAGCAGUCGGGUUACCAUUUCUUGCCAUGGUUUACUGGGUCGCACCUUGCAGCAAGCUUGGUAAGAUAAUGCGUGGACCUUUCAUGAAGUUUGUAGCUCACGCGGCCUCAUUUACUAUUUUCCUUGGUCUGCUAGUGAUGAAUGCAGCCGACAGAUUCGAAGGCACCAAGAUCCUUCCUAACGAAAGCAUCACAGAUAAUGCAAAGCAGCUAUUUAGGAUGAAAACGUCUUGCUUCUCCUGGAUGGAAUUACUCAUUAUCUCCUGGGUAAUAGGCAUGAUCUGGUCUGAAUGUAAAGAAAUUUGGUCACAAGGGCCCAGGGAAUACAUGUUUGAACUCUGGAAUAUUCUGGAUUUCGGGAUGUUGGCCAUCUUUGCAGCAUCAUUCAUUGCUAGAUUUAUGGCGUUCUGGCAUGCCUCCCGGGCGCAGAACUAUGUUGAUGAUGAUGAGAGCAUCAAGGAUGUGGCAAGUGCCACCCUACCUCCUGAAAUAAAAUACUAUACUCUAGCUAGAAUAAAAUGGCUGCCAUCAGAUCCUCAAAUCAUCUCUGAGGGCCUCUACGCCAUUGCUGUUGUUCUAAGCUUCUCCCGGAUUGCCUAUAUUCUACCAGCCAAUGAAAGCUUUGGACCCUUACAGAUCUCACUGGGAAGGACGGUGAAGGACAUCUUCAAGUUCAUGGUGAUCUUUAUUAUGGUCUUUGUGGCCUUCAUGAUUGGGAUGUUUAACCUCUAUUCUUAUUAUCUUGGAGCCAAGCAAAAUGACGCCUUCACCACAGUUGAAGAAAGCUUUAAGACGUUAUUCUGGGCUAUAUUUGGACUGUCUGAAGUGAAGUCAGUUGUCAUCAACUACGGACACAAAUUUAUAGAAAAUAUUGGAUAUGUCCUGUAUGGGGUCUACAAUGUGACUAUGGUCAUUGUUCUAUUAAACAUGCUGAUCGCCAUGAUCAACAGCUCCUUCCAGGAGAUUGAGGAUGACUCUGAUGUGGAAUGGAAAUUUGCCAGGGCCAAGCUUUGGUUUUCGUACUUUGAGGAAGGAAGGACCCUUCCAGUGCCAUUCAACUUGGUUCCAAGUCCUAAGUCUUUUGUUUACAUUGCGUUGAAAAUAAAAUCCUUUCUUCCGAGAAUCCUUUCCUGCCACUCAAGGGGUUUACAGGAGGACUCCGAGAUGAACAAGCUUGGUCACAGUAAACACUCGAGCAUAAGAAGUUCUGAAGAUGGCAACUUAAACAACAUCAGUCAUCCACCCACAAGAUAUCAGAAAAUAAUGAAGCGUCUUAUCAAGCGAUACGUGCUGAAAGCUCAGGUGGACAAGGAGAACGAUGAAGUCAAUGAAGGUGAACUAAAGGAAAUAAAACAAGAUAUUUCAAGUCUCCGCUAUGAACUCCUUGAAGAGAAGACUCACAACACAGAGGACCUUGCAGAACUCAUUCGAAAACUUGGGGAAAGAUUAUCAAUUGACCCAAAAAAACAAGAGUAGACCAAUAAGCCUGGCAAUGUUCCUCCUGGCAUAUUCGCUGCCUUAGCUCACCAUACAGUCUCCUCUUCUGCUGGGGAUCCUCAUCUUUUGAACGGUGCAAAUAAAUCCUAGCUCACCUCUCUGUCUUCUGUAAUAAGUUGCUCUUCUGUUAGAGUGACAAGACCGUUACUUAUUUUCCUUAUCCUUCAAGGAGAAACUCAGUUUGUCUGAUCGAGAACCGCUGUGUGCUAGAUCCCCCUUUAUGAUGUCCAUAUGUCCUAAUGCGUAAUAUGGAAAGAGGUUGUCAACCCUGUUACUAUCAGUGGAUACUUUCAAGGAUUUUCUUAAAAGUUAGGGAGCAGGGCAGUUUCUUAUUUUGUGACCUCCAUCACAAUCUUCUUUCGAGGAAAACAUAAUAAAAUAUUGGCCCUGAGUGAAUGACGGUAAUGGUAAUAUAUUGUGGGUGGACCAAAGAAUGAUGAGCUUAAAAGUACAAUAAAACGAAGUAGGAUCAGUCACCUCAAAAUAAUGCUCAGUGCACUGUGGGGAUUCGCUCUGGUAGUUAGGAUAAGCGGGCGCAGUACAGAAGCAAAAUACAAGUUCGUAAUUCCAACUUCAGUGCUUAUUCA